CGUAAUAACCCUGAAUUAUUAAAUUGUGAUCUAUACGCUGGUCAAAUCACCUGAUAGCAACCGAUGCUUAGCUACAGACAGCAAAAACGAUACACACAUAAUACGAGGAUUUCCGAAUCCUCCCGAACCUUCCCGACGUUUGCGUACGUGCACGCGCGACGAACACGCAUCAAAUAUCAUCCUCGUGAUGGUAAUUCGAUAACGAGAGUCCUCGACAAGAUCGAAUGCAUAAAUAACCAACAGACGCAUGUCCGGCCGUCAUCCCGGAAACCAAACUUGAAUCAAUAUCUCUGAUUUAGCGGUCAUUGUAGGCGUGUAUAUUACACGUUUUAACACCCUAUCGCUAGCUUAUUGCGAGGAAGUCUAAAGCAAGUUCGAAACAGUUUGUAACCAAGAACAUCAUGAGGGUCUUCAUUGGAGUCGAUUGUAUUGUUUUGUUGACGACAAUAACGCUGAUCUCAAGCUGUUUUCACACAGGCACAGCUAAAGUAUUGACAGCAGGAGACAAUGAAUACUGUCGUCCACGGCCGAUAUUAAUAUCCAUCGAUCACCCCUCCUAUCAAUAUUUUCCAUUUUUCAUCAGCCUGUAUCGCUGCGGUGGCUCGUACAAUCUGAACUCCCCGCGCGCUUCGACGUGUAUUCCGGCGACGAUUGAAGAUGUCACGAUUAGGGCGCAGAGUUUGCUAAAGGGCCAAAUUAAGGAGUUCCCCGAAAAGAACCAUACUUCAUGUAAGAGGGGAUGCGCAAACAAAAAGGAAAUGUGCGACAAACAGAUGCAAGUGUGGAACGAGAAGACGUGCGUGUGCGAAUGUAAAUAUCCCGAUGGGCCACCAGAACCCUGUCCAGCUAGAUUCAGAUGGAACCGAUAUAUUUGUGAUUGUGAAUGUAACGCCGAGGAACACGCGAAUCAAUGUUUUCUGGAAGAAAAGGUGUGGAGUUCUGAUAGAUGUGGAUGCGAAUGUCCAUUAAGGGUCGUUAAUAGAUGUAAAAGGAUUGGCAGGGUUAUAGAUGAGAAAACGUGCAGAUGCGUUGUCGGUUCAGUUGUGUUUGGCGCUCAAGCAGGCAAAGACAAUGACUCAGGCGUUUCGAAGCCAUUGUUGUUUGGAAUAAUCUUUGGAGAACUGUUGAUUCUGCUGCUCGUAUUUGAUCUAGCUCUGUACUGUACCAAAGGCUGGGGAUUGACUCACUAUGUCAAAAAAUCCGUCGGAAAAGCAUUUUGUCGAGGUAAUCACAAAUCACCUCCGUUGACUCCCAAUAAAAGUCAUGAGACGACGACGUACAUUUAAAAUGUAGCGGUUUAUUAAAUUAGCUUCGUCUAUGUUAAAGUAUUUAUUAGAUAAAGGAUAUAUGUGUAUAUAUUUAUAAAUUUACAAAAGUCUGCUUGAGGGGUGCUUACGAUUCUACAGUCGACCAUUUUAGAAUCCGGUGUCUCGGAAUUCAUAAAAUAUUUUGAUAGGCCACCUAAGACAGACCUGCUUUUAAUUUAUACAAGUUUUCUGGUCACAUCGGUCCUAAUCUCAACCAGUGUUUUGUUCAGAAAUUACUCUGGUCAAAACUGUGUUGACCGUGAGCGCCCUGUCCUCAAUAUUUUGUGUGAACGACGAUAGUUUCAUAUUCACCUUCUUGGUCUACUGUAAACAAACUUAUAUAAAGAAAUAAUAUAUUUAUAGACAAUAUAAUACUAAUGCCUUUACUCGUUUUAAAGAGUACUCCUUCUGUAAAGACGCACUUGUUAAAAGCUUUCAUCCUAGAGAUGAAACGAAAAGAAAUAAAGAAA